AUGACGAUUCCUCAUAUUUAUCACCUUCUCCCUGGUUUUCUAAUUCAUGGCGCGUUAUCGCCACGAUGCUCGAAGUCGAUUUUUGAUUCAAAUUUAACAGCAAAAUGUGAGAAGUCGUCUACAAUUAAAUUUCAUUUUGAUCAGUCAACUGGAUUAUGCAUGAAUUUCCGAUGGGACGGGUGUAAAGAUCAGGAAAAUAAAUUUGAUAGUCUUCAAGAAUGUGCAUCAACUUGUCUGAAAAGCAACUAUAAAGGAUGCCCAUUUCAUCGAAAUCCGGCUAUACCCCAGCAAUGCGCAAGUCAUAAAGAUUGUAAUUGGAAAACAAGCAAAAUCAAUUCUCAUUAUUGUACUAGAAAAGGAAUAUGCUGUCAAUCAAAAGAUUUAGAAGAGCUGAGAUCGGAGUUCAAUGUAACAUGCCCAGACGGUCGUCGGAAAGUUGAAUAUACUUAUAAAAGCACAACGAGACUGUUAAUUGGGAAGACGUGUUCUUCAAACAUUUGCCCACUCAACGCCAUGUGCCAUCAAAAAAAGUAUUUUUCAUUUUGUUGUAAAAAAAAAUAUAAUUUAUUGAUUAAAGAUAUUUUGUAUUAUGAAUAUCAAAAAAUACUGUCUUUGGGAGAAAACUGA